AUGGAUGACUUAAUCAGCGACGUAAUGAUCGAAGGGAAGCUGGGUGACAGCGACCGCAACCUCAUCACCUUCACCAUCGCCGUGAAGCUGGCAACUGGGAGCAGGCACGGAGCGCACGGCAGGCCCCCCCGGUUUGUGGCGUGUCCAGGACAGGCCGGGUACACCCUCUAUGCCCACACCCGCCUCGGCUACCUCUUCUACAAGCGCCAGGUGCGCAAGGCGCGGGAGCGCUACCCCCACGGCCACUCUGUGCCCCAGCCCGUGGCCUUCCCAGGCGUGAAGAUCCUGCCGGUGCCAGUGCUGGCCAACAACUACAGCUACCUGGUCAUCGACACGGGGUCUCGGCGCGCGGCCGUUGUGGACCCCGCUGACCCUCGCGCCGUGCAGGCUGCCAUCGAGCAGGAGGGAGUGACCCUGGAUGCCAUCCUGUGCACCCACAAGCACUGGGACCACAGCGGGGGCAACGCGGAGCUGUGCCGGCGCCACGGCUCCUGCCGGGUCUAUGGCAGCGCCGCCGACGCCGUGCCCCAGCUCACCCACCCGGUGCUGGACGGGGCACGCAUUGGUGUGGGUGAGCUGCGCUUCACAGCCCGGCACACGCCUGGGCACACGGUGGGACACGUGAUCUAUGUGCUGGAUGGCACCCCCCCUGCUGCUCCCCCCUGCCUCUUCUCCGGGGACCUGCUCUUCCUCUCCGGCUGUGGGCGCAUCUUCGAGGGCACCCCGGAGACUAUGCUGGCAUCGCUGGACACGGCCGCUGCGCUGGGUGAGGACACGCUGCUGUGGCCCGGAUUUUCCCACUGGGGAAACUGA